AUUCGAAAAGCAAUUGAGCGAACUCCCGCGGUCCCGCGCCAAUCCCUCGUCUUCGGAUCGCUGCUUUCUGCUCUUCCUUCCUCACCGAGCUCUUCGUUCCUCCCUUCCGAUAGGGCCGGCUAAUCGCUCUCCAUCGCCUUCUCUUCCAGAUCGUCGAGAAAUCGGCGCCGGUCUUCGAAGGGGAUCGGGCCAUGGCCGCCUCGCCGACACCCUUUCAAAACCCUAACGCCGGCAAGGCCCGCCCCGGUGCCUACCAGAUCGGAGGCGUCCCCGUCGAGUUCCCUUACAAACCCUACGGGUCCCAGCUCGCCUUCAUGGGCCGCGUCAUCCACACCCUCGACCGCGCCCGCCGCCAGGGUCGCUGCCACGCCCUCCUCGAGUCCCCCACCGGCACCGGCAAGUCCCUCUCCCUCCUCUGCUCCUCCCUCGCCUGGCAGCGCCACCAGACCAGCCGCUUCCUCUCCGGGCACGCCGCUCCGUCCCAGGGCCUUCCGCCGCCGCCCACCUCUGAUCCCCUUGUAAAUGGCGGCGGAUUCAUCCCCGAGACACAGCCUUCUAAUGAUGCUGAGCAAUCAUCAACGCCAGCAAGUGCUAGAGCUCAGAGAAGACAGACAUCGCCUAAAAUAUACUAUGCCACGAGGACUCACUCGCAGAUAACUCAGGUGAUUCGUGAAUACAGGAAGACAUCUUAUCGAGUGCCAAUGGCAGUGCUGGCUUCACGCAAACACUAUUGCACCAACAAGUUUGUGUGCACUAAGGCAAAUUUGGAUGAAGAAUGUAAAUUGCUUCUGAAGGGCGAAGCACUGGGAUGCUCUGAAUUUAAAAAUGCAAAUAAAGUCAAAAAUCAUCCUUCACUUCAGAAAGGUGGCUGUUACGAGGUUCAUGACAUUGAAGAUCUUGUAAAAGUUGGGAAAAGUGUAAAAGGUUGUUCAUAUUUUGCUGCACAAACGUUAGCAGAGGAAGCUCGACUAGUUUUCUGUCCUUACAGUUACAUAGUUAAUCCUAUAGUUCGCAGAGCCAUGGAUAUAGACUUAAAAGGAGCCAUUGUGAUUCUAGAUGAGGCACACAACAUAGAGGACAUUGCACGUGAUUCCGGAAGUCUAGAUGUGGAAGAAGAUGUACUUUUUGCAUUGCAAACGGAACUAGGACAAUUAUGCAUGGCUGACAAUGACGCUGCAGUAUACCAACCCCUGUAUGACAUAAUUCAGGGAAUAAUAAGUUGGAUGGGUGAGAGGAAGAUGGGCUUGCAACAAUGUGAAUUUGAGCACUACUCUUCAUUUUGGACUGCUGAUAAGGCCAUAAGUGAGCUCCAACAUGCUGGAAUUACACAACAAUGUUUCCCAAUCUUGCAAGAAUGUGCAACGAAGGCAAUUAAAGCUGUCUCAGAUGCAGAGUCUGUUGAAAGUCAUUUAAGCGGCAUGUCAGCAAUUGCAUUGGAGGGCCUAUUUUCCUCGCUUACUUAUCUCUUCUCAGGAGAUGGUACUAAUGCAACUGAUUAUCAGCUAGGAUUGCAGCGAUAUGUUAAAAGAGAUAACAGUAAUGCUGUGAGUGACUGGAUCUGCAAAUUGAGCUUGUGGUGCCUAAAUCCUGCUCUUGUCUUUAGAGAGAUUGCAAAUCUUUCUCUUUCAGUUAUCCUUACAUCAGGAACUCUCUCCCCAAUGGGUUCAUUUGCAUCUGAACUUGGAGUGCAGUUUGAAGCUUGCAUGGAAGCACCACAUGUCAUUGACCCAGAAUCGCAGCUUUGGGCUGCAGUUGUUUCCACUGGUCCUGGAAAUUGUCAAUUGAAUGCCAGCUAUAGAACUGCUGAUGGAUUUGCCUUCCAGGAUGGACUAGGAGUUACUUUGGAAGAAAUAUGCAAGAUUGCACCAGGAGGAAUUCUUGUUUUCUUUCCUAGCUACAAAUUGUUGGAAAAGCUUCGUCGUCGCUGGACUCAGACAGGUCAAUGGUCUCGUUUGAAUGCUGAAAAGCCACUGUUUGUUGAGCCAAGAGGAGCCACGGAUGAAUUUGAAUCUCUUCUUAGAGGUUAUUAUGAUGCAAUUCGUGGGAGUACAAAAGUAGUUCAUGAGAAAAGUAGACUUGGUUCAAGGCGAACCAUUAAACAACCUUGCAGCAAGGUGUGCUCACAAAAUACUCCAAGAGGAGCUGCUUUCCUUGCAGUUUGCCGAGGCAAGGUAUCAGAAGGAAUUGACUUCUCAGACGAAAAUGCUAGAGUAGUUGUAGUGGUUGGUAUCCCUUUUCCAAACAAGAAUGACAUUCAGGUUAUGUUGAAGAAGAAGUAUAACGAUACACAUAGAUCAACAAAGCAUCUCCUUAGUGGGAGUGAAUGGUAUUGCCACCAAGCAUUCCGUGCUUUAAAUCAAGCUGCAGGUCGCUGCAUAAGGCACAGAUUUGAUUACGGAGCCAUCAUUUUUCUUGACGAGCGAUUCAAGGAGGAGCGAAACCUAACUUACAUUUCAAAGUGGUUGAAGAACUCAAUCAAGUAUUUCCAUAGCUUCAAUGAAUCCCUAGUGGGAUUACAGAACUUUUUUGAAUCUGCUCAGAAGCGGUUUGGUUCUGCGAGUAGUCAUUCAAGAUCCGAGGAUGUUUCUCUGAUAGAAAAGGAACCUGAUUUUAGCGAGCAGAAUUCAAAUUUGAACCAAGGGAUUCAAUUGCAGAAAACAGAAAAAGACAAUGUCAACUAUCAGAAUGCAAGAAAAAUGAGCAAUCAAAAUGGAGCAGUUUCUGCAAAACUGACGAAAUCAUCCAAACUUGACAAGAAGGGUCCUUUCCUGAAGGAUCAAAGUCAAAAUGGAGUUGAAGGUGCUAGUGAGACAAUUAUCAAAUGCUUGAACCCUCAUACUGAUUUUGCGGAUUUAAAAUCCAGUACCACAAUUCAGUUCCAAUGUUUGGAGGCCAUUUCUGCUAAAUCAUGCAAAGCCGAUUUGCACCAGCCUUUAGCCACUACAAAUUCAAUUGUAAGAGACCACAAUGCUACUCCCAAAAGUUUGGAGGUUGAAAUGAUUCAGCAAACUGUAGGAAAUUUUUCUCCCAAGACGAUCUCUAUCGGAAGCAUAUCUGACACUGCCUGCACACCAGAGCAUUCUCCUGAAGAUAUUAAAGAAACAGAUUCCUUGAACAUGAGUGUAAACUCAUACAAUCACAAAAGGAAAAGAAUAAAUUUGCAAAUGUCUGUUUGCAAUCAGAUAGACUGUCUUAGUUCUGAUACUGACUCUUUCUACCCAGUUGAUUCUAUCAGCAGCAUAUCAAGAGAAACUGAUCUGAUACCUGAAUCACCAUGCCUUGAUAACAGUUCAGUUAACCGACAACGAAAGCUCAUUGGGAAUGUGGUUGAUACAUUGACAAAGAUGCUAGAAUUAAGUUGUUUAUACUGCAGAAGCCCACUGGGGUUGCAAGAAAAUGAUCUCUUAGUGAACUGUUCAUUGACUUCAUCCUCCAAAGUCUAUUUGGCAUACGUUCUGAAGCAUGGACCUCCAAAGGACAGUAGUUUCAAUUGUCCUCCUACAUCACCAGAGAGAGAUGUGCCUGUUGUAGUCUGCGACAGUUCAUUGGUCGACCAUCGUGUUUUUGAAAAUGGCUGCAAAGAAGCAGUUUCACAUGGUAUCUGGUCUGAAAAAGAUAGUUGUGUAUUCAGGGCUCUUAUUUGCCCCUUCUGCACCGUCCCAAGGUGCUUAGGGGUGCAGAUCAUUGCAGCAGAUGCAUCCAAUAGUCACUUGUUGAACAAGGUUCUACUUUUUGCAGAUCAUUUGGAUAUAAAUGACCAACAAAAACCAAAUCAAAAGGAUGUGACGCCCAUUUGCUCCACUGUUCCUGGUAAAGAAUCAGCAUCACUUGAGAUAGAGAAAUAUGCAUAUACUCCUACUCUGCCCAAGCCUGACCUCAAUACGAGAAAACUAAAGCAGCUCAGUCUCCCCAAAAGAGUCGAGUGUUCUUUAGAGCAUCAGGAUGUACUCUAAGCCUUCAUAGCUUUUCUCCCUUGUUUCGAGUGGAAACUGAUGGUGUUAGCAUUCCAGGAAUAGAGAGCUGAGCAAAACAACACAAGGCAUCCCACAUCUUGAUGUUUUCCAGAGCAUCGAGAAAUUCUUGGUUUUUUUUCGCCCUAGUUUUGAGUUGAAACUGAGUGUCGGUGCCGGUUAAUAUAGAGCUAAUGUUAAUAUAAGAUACUUUGUCAAUGACUUGCAAUAGAGAACUGCACGGUUAGAACGCUCAGAUUAUUGCAAGGUGGGCGAAAGGAUCAGGUGAAGAAAACAACGCCAAAAUAAGAGGAACAGUUUGUUCUUGUUGUCACAUUUUCCACUGGAUAUAUGUAUUCUCUUUAAAUGUGUUUUGUAAAUAUAAAAUA